AUGCGAGCCGCCUCCAAGAAGGCCGGCGAGCGAGAGGCGACGCCAGCGCCGGGCGCAGCCGGGUGGUCGGAGGAUGAGGGGGCCACGUCGUCCGACGACGAGCUGUACACCAACCUGCGAGCCGCGGCGGGGGUUGGCGCCCCCGGGCAGAGCAGGCGGCCCAAGCGGCCGAAAGUGAAGCAGGCCUCCCGCGAGGAAAGCGCGGGGGCAGGCCUGCGCCCCGGGGAGCUGGCCAGGGCGGCGGUGGCGAGGACCAGGCCUGGGAGGCCCUGCGUGGGCAUGGGGCAGGCAGAUGCCGAGCCGGCAGAUGGCUUUGCAGGGCUGGGCCUGGCCCCGGAGCUGGCGCAGCACCUGGGGAGCCUGGGCUUCGCGGUGCCCACGCCGGUGCAGGCGGCCUGCAUCCCAGCGCUGCUGGACGGCCAGGAUGUCCUCGCCAACGCUCCCACGGGGUCGGGGAAGACCCUGGCCUACCUGGCGCCCAUCGUGUCUGAGCUGGCACGUCGCGCGCAGCGCGUGACCAGGGAGCAGGGCACCCUGGCCCUGGUGGUCUGCCCCACGAGGGAACUGGCCCUGCAGGUGGAGAAUGUGCUGGGCGCGCUCCUGCGUCGCUUCUUUUGGCUGGUCGGCAGCAGCGUGCACGGGGGCGAGAGCCGAAGCCGCGAGAAAGCGCGGCUGAGGAAGGGGGUGCACGUCCUCGUGGCGACCCCGGGCCGCCUCCUGGACCAUCUGCAAAACACCGAGGCGUUCCGGGUCGAUGCCCUGGCAUGGCUCGUGCUGGACGAGGCAGACCGCCUGCUGGACCUGGGGUUUGGAAAGAAGAUAGCCGAGAUCCUGGGCCUCCUGGACGAGAGGAGGGACGGGGCCCAGACGCUGCGCCGCGUCACCGCCCUCUUCUCCGCCACCCUGCACUCCGGGGUUGAGCGCCUGGCGGGGCUGUCCCUCCGGAAACCAAUGCACAUUGGUCUGGAGGAUAGCACGGCAACUGGCCACUCGGCUGUUCCCGGUUCCCCAGCGGAGGACGCUGCUGCGCCGCUCGUCCCCGGGGCGGCCAACGGUGCAGCGCAGGUCCAGCAGUAUGUCAUUCCCCCGCAGCUCCGCCAGUUCUAUGUCGAGUUUUACCACGCCGUCCUGCACGGCGCCUGGCAGGAGGCGGUGGGCCAGCUGCAGAGCGACGACCCGCUGGAUGCCUUGCCGGUGCUUAAGCUGCACGGCGACAUGGACCAGGCCUCACGGACCAAGGCGUUCGCGGCCUUCAUGCGCUCACCGCGCGGCGUGCUGCUCUGCACAGACGUCGCGGCCCGCGGGCUGGACUUCCCCGGCGUCACCGCCACGCUGCAGCCGGGCGAGGCUGGGUACGUGGGCCGCCUGGCGGAGCGCGGCGUGCGCCUGGCGGCGCUGGACGCCACGCGCCUGCUGGACGGCGCGCUGGGCCUCGACCGGCGCGCGGGGAAGCUGGCGCGGGACGAGCGGGGCCUGCCCCUGGAGCGGCACCAGGGCGCCUACGCGCUGCAGCGGCGGCUGAUGGGCGUGGUGGCGGCCGACGCGGCGCUCACCGCGCUGGCCGCCGCGGCCUUCAGGUCCUGGGUGCGUGCCUACGCCGCGCACCCCGCCGCCGUCAAGGACAUCUUCCACGUCAAGCGCCUGCACCUGGGGCAUGUCGCCCACAGCUUCGCGCUUACGUGA